UAUUAUGUUAGUGUGAUGUUAUUAAUGUCUGUUAUUUAGCUGUAUGACAUGAUUCCUGUGUGGCUUUACUACAUGUCAUAUUAAAGCUGAGCAGUGAGAUGUGGUCCAGUCUGUGGUCCAGUCUGUGAUCCAGUCUGUGAUCCAGUCUGUGAUCCAGUCUGACCCUACAGCACAGAACCAGCUGCUUCCUAGUUUACACUUAAAGUUUAAAUGUGUGUCAUUACUGAAGUCAUUUCACCGUGACGGUGUAAAACCCUACAAAAUACUAUAAAGCACACAUUCAGCACCGGACUGACCCGGUGCUGACGGUACCAGGCUGACCCGGUGCUGACGGUACCGGGCUGCUCUUCAUCUGAACGCCUUCAAAACACUGAAAGGCUUCAACCGAAAAUGCAAAUAAAAGCGUCUGGUGUGUGUGAAGCGGUUUGUGUCGGUGCCGCCGAGUGCCACCACACACACACACACACACACACGCACACACACACACACACACGCACACGCUCGGCUUUAAUGUUUACGUGUCGUUAACGGCGCAGGCCACUGACGAACCGCCCCGCGGUUCUGUUCGCCCUCGCCGGCUGUCAGGAGGCGGACCAGCGGGGGCUGAUCUUACGGCGGUUACACAGUGCGGGAAAUUAACGUGAACUCCACCGCCCCCUGCUCAACGGAUUUUCUACAACGGCUGCUUCUUGCUUUUUUUUUUUUUUUUUUCCUCGGCUGGCGUUUACCCACAGUCAUGUGAUUGUAACGUAAAACCCCUAACCGGAAAACACCGACGGACGACCCUCUCCGCCGCCAACGAAUGCUGCGUUUACAAGGAGCAGUAGAAGCUGCUGCGAGCCCCACAGAGGACGGACGAGUCUCCGGUAACAAACAAACAGCGGCGACACGGCAAAGUCCAGCGACUGAAGCGGAGCGCAGGUUGAAGAAUGGAGCUGGCCAACCAUGGUCUUAUCCUGCUGCAACAGCUUAACGCUCAGAGGGAGUUCGGCUUCCUGUGCGACUGCACCGUGGCCAUAGGAGAUGUCUUCUUCAAAGCCCACAAAGCCGUCCUCGCUGCCUUCUCCAACUACUUCAGAAUGCUCUUCAUUCACCAGGACAGUGACUGUGUGCGUCUGAAGGCUGCCGACAUACAGCCAGAUAUCUUCAGCUACCUCCUCAACCUGAUGUACACGGGAAAGCUGGCGCCGCAGCUCAUAGAUCCGGCGCGCCUGGAGCAGGGGGUCAGAUUCCUUCAUGCCUAUCCGCUGCUACAGGAGGCCAGCCAGUCAGUGUAUUCCCACCCCGAGCAAAGCAUCAACCUCUCCACCUCCCUCUAUGGCAUCCAGAUCUCUGAUCAACAGGUGGCGCUGUCAGCCAGACUGCCCACUCAGCUCUCCUCGCCCUUUGACGCGGAGCAGGGCAGCUCAGAGGGGAAGCAGCCGUCCACACCAGCGAGUGCUUCACACGCAGAUUCUUUACCGGCCAAGCUGGCGUCUUCGCCCCCGGAUGUGGAGGCUUCGACCAGUGGAGCGAAGCCUGCGGCUGAGGAGGGGGGAAUGGACCUGCUCAGUGCAGAUGGUUCCUCAGCCAGCGCCAUCCUUCAUGUGAAGCCCAGCAUCAUGAAGAGGAGUUCCUCCUUCAGGAAGCAUUACUCCUGUCACCUCUGCAGAAGCCGGUUCACUCAGAGAAGUCUGCUGAGAGAGCACCUCCUCCAGCACACCCAGGUUCUCCAGCAGACCCUGACCGAGCCCAGCGAUGCACUCUCUCCUGUCAUGGCUGGAGAACACAGCCUGCUCAUAGAGGGGCUUCCUAAAGGGAACAAAGUUGCAUCGAGUCCCUCGGUUGCCGCUGCAGCGGUCGAGAUCAUUAGUGACAGCGAGCAAACCCCUGUUUCAGGUACCAACUCGGACUCUCCCCGAGCAGAGGUGUCCACUUCCAGCUGGGGGGUGGGAGGGCUGAACUCUCAGGCAGACACACCGCCUCCAUCAGACAUUGCGGACAUUGACAACCUGGAGAGCGCCGACUUGGACCGGGAAGUGAAGCGGCGGAAGUACGAGUGCUCCACCUGCGGCCGCAAGUUCAUUCAGAAGAGCCACUGGCGCGAGCACAUGUACAUCCACACGGGAAAGCCCUUCAAAUGCAGCGCCUGCGGGAAGAGCUUUUGCCGCGCCAACCAGGCGGCCCGUCACGUGUGCCUGAACCAGGGCGCCGACACCUACACCAUGGUGGACCGACAGAGCAUGGAGCUGUGCGCCGCCGGAGACGACAGCAGCCAGAUGGAGGCCAUGUUCUUGGGCUCAUCGAAGCCUUACAAGUGCAACAUUUGUGCCACCACCUUCUCCAACCCCAACGAGGUGAUCAAACACUUGUGCUUCACUCAGGGGGGAUUAGUGGGGCUGCAGGGGAACGCCGGGGCAGGCAUGCUGCUCCAUCGUGAAGAAUUUUCCAAAGAUGAAGGCUCCGAUUUGUCCAACUCUGGCACUCCACUAGAACCCAUAAAGACCGAGGAGAUCCUCGUAGAAUAGUGCCGAAACUGUGUAUGUGUCCCUUAUAACAUGUAUGUUUAUUAUCUAAGUUAUGGUUACUAGUAAGCUAAAGUUGAAGUUAGUCAGGGUAUGUAUGUUGGAGGUUCUCAUCUACUUAAACUUUACUUUGUUUUUUGAUGCCGUGUUUUGAUAUUUUGGCCGUGGAGAUAACAAGAAGUUCAAAUUAAACAGCCUAGAAGUCCCUCUGUAAUGAAAAGAAAAGCAAAUCACAUGACAUUCGAGUCAAGGCGGCGAUCAGAGUUUCACCGGUUGUCUACGCUGGUGUUAGACGCUGACAUGUGAGGCUGCACCAGACCCUCCAGAGCUGCUUCUGUGGUGACGCUGUGCAGGCACUUUUUUCAGUGUGAGAGGAAGAGGAAGCUCAGACGGUUCCGGAGCAGACAACAUGUUGUGAGAUGAGGCGGCUGUGCUAGUCUUGUGGAGGAGAAAGAGGCGCAAAGUGCUACCGAGACCUCUGGAGCUGCUCAGUUAUUUCCACACAGUCAGAACUGAGAGGCUGGUUCUGCAGAUCAGGUAUAGAAAUAAAUGUCCAGCUAAAAGCACACCGACCCGAGACAAUCUGUGCUCUUAUUUGAGUAGUUCUCCAUAUGCAUCAAAGUACACUGGUCUUCCAUUAGCGUUGUGGUCGAGGGCUCCGCCUCAGCAGGACAAAGAGCUUGACGUGUAAUAUGACCACCAUUAACUGCAUCCUGCUCAGCAACACUUCAGCUGUUUGACUCUGUGUCUGACUCCCGUGUGGACUGUGCUCAGUGUGAAUAUGGUUCCGUCUCCGUCUUGUCCACCACAUGAAGCCAGAGUGGCUCCUGAACACAAGCAGUCGUGUCUACAGCUGUGCCACUUUUAAUUCUUUCUCAUUUUAACUUGUUGUGCAUGUUGUAGAGCUCUUUGGCACACACACACACACACACACACACACACACACACACACACCUUCUGUCCUGUACGAUGUUGUACAUCCCGUCUUUCAUCAUUUGCUUGAAUUUACUCCUCAAAGCCCUUGAAUUUGGUUUGACAUGCUUUUCUAAUUUUCUAUACACUGCUAUAUUUACAGAGAAAACAUUAUAUUGCAGAGAUGUUUGUAUAUUAGUAGACGAAUAGGAAUACAUUUGGUUUUGCAAAAGCUAACGUAUUAGGGAUGGGCAUACAUCUAUCCUGAUGAUUAAAGAGACCCUGUGGGAUUUUAGAUGUCUUUUUUUUGCCAUAUUUGUGCUAACUGCUAACUGUCUUAUUCGUUUUGUGCAAAGGGAACCGUUUUUUUUUAUUAUGAAGACCGUCUGGCAAAUGUACAUGUUUUUUUUGUUUGUUUGUUUUAGCUGUGUCCAUACCAGGAAGAGUAGAUGCGACAUUUGUAGGAGGAGUAACAGGAUAACAGGGAGAUGCAGGCGUGUUUUAUGGGAAUAUGAAAGGUGGCGUUUCUUACAUGUUCCAACGACAGAAUACUUCCUGUGUACUACUGAUGACUGGAUGCAAUGAGACAUCGUUACGUACAUGUCGAAUAAAUGUGAAGCUAGGAAGUGUUUUACAUGUGAUCUCAUCUGUCUUGCUGACGUGUGUCCAGUGUAAUCGUAACUCAAGUCGUCUGAAUGGUGAAGAAGAACCUACCAGUCAGCGUCUGUGUUGAUUCCUCUGUUGCAAAACUGAACUUAAUUUUAACUGUGAUUAAAACUUUAUACUUAGAAACUCAAUGUAUUUUUUUUUCCGGUUCUUACAUGUCUGAACAUUGAGGUGAAUCCACUGCAGGGAGGCUAAUGGAAGUGUAUUGUUCCCUCCACAAGGAAGAAAUGAGUGUAAAUUUGCUCCAAAAUGGUUGUGAGCUUCCAACAUCAUCCAAUUCAUAAAAACAGAAAUAUAGCAUCCUUGCUCUUCCAUUUGCCGUUUAUAUUUCUGUCCCAGUCUUUCUGCUCUGUGACACAGUGAUGAUGAUGAUAAUCACUCUGGAGACAAAUAGUACGCCCGUCAUUCGAGAUGUAGCGCUCAGAAGCUAAUUGCUAUGCUAAUGUGACAUCAUUUCACAUGAAAUCUGUUUUUUAGCUCUUUUUUUUUUUACCUGCCUCCAUCUUGUAAUUAUUUCCAUGAUUUAAAAUACUAAAAAUGCCCAUCCCUAGUAUGUCAAUUAGAAAUGUGGGAAGCAGUGGUUGCUCUAAUGCAGUUCACCCAGUGUCCGGCUAGAUGGCGCUGUUUCUCUUGGUGUUCUACUCAGGUUUAAAGAUGGGGGGAGAAUAUCAGAUUUAACAGUGAUUUUUUUUCCUAUGUGACUGUGUACUUGCCAAUUAUUUGCCAUAAGUCAUAUUUAAUUCACAUUAGAAACGAUCUUUCUGUAGAUACGAGCUGUUAAAUAUGUUCAGUGUUGAACAGGGAGCGCCUCUUGUCUGUCUCACGCGAAGGCGAUCAAACUGCUGUACUACUGACGUUCAUGUUUCUGAGCCAAACUGAUGCACAGCUUUACAUAAGGACACGUCCUCCCUGUGGUUCAAGCUGUACCCGUCAUCCACACACACUAGUUUUGUACCUUUACUUCUGUUUUUGUGUGUGUUUAAACAGCUCAGUAUCUCAGGAAGACGACUCGUUUGUCUUUUCUGUCCACUGCUGGUUGUGUGAAUAAUGAGUUGAGGACUAGUGAAGGCCGACCGGUGCAGCUCUAGUGCACACAGUGUUCCCUCCUCCCCAUCUGACAUCUACUGUGAUCAAUCUGUCUUCUCAGGAAUGUGAGUAGUUUCUCUGUUUUAACUUUUUUUUCUUUUCCAGUGAAGAAAGAACAAUAAAAACAUCUUUUUUAUAA